UUAACUUUAUCUUUGAAAAACUUAAAAUUGUGAUAUAUUGAUAUUCAAAUAUUAGAAACUACCAGUGGUCUAUCCCAGCUGGAAAUAAAACAGGGUUAUCUGAUGUAAUUAUUCUCAUCACCUACAAUCUAGAAUUUGUUCCCUUUAUUGGAACAUUCUGGUGGGUAGCCAGGGACAUCUAUGGUGAAUUCAAUUAUUUCUUCACAUAUCUGGUGGUGGCACAUGCAAGGUUUGUGUUAAAUUCGAGUGUGGGACUUUGGAACCUGGCCACUACGUUGCGAUACCUGUACUUACUCAAUGUGGAGUUUAUUCAGGACACAUUGGAUACAACAAUUCUAUGGGUUGGUAAUCUGGUUAUUGUGCUUCAUGUUGUUGGAUCAAUCAGUUUUGAUCUAAUCACAGCUUACUUCAACAUUUACCCUCUUAUGGCUCGGGGAACAAUAGUCUAUGCAAUGGGAUCCAAGGAACUUUUUGAUUCACUACCUGAAAUUCCUAAAACUCAAAGCUUUAGUCAAGGAACCUACUUCUUAUUCACAAUAAUCUACCAGGUUACUUUAUAUGUUGCCAAGUGGUUCAAGUUUAAAAAGGUUUAUACUGUUGAGGCUGAUCCUCAAAGAAGGACUAUGAACAGUGCAUAUAAUGCUUUCAGUGCAUUUGCUAGUAUUAUUGCAAUGGUUGCAGGAACAAUGGUCUGGGUCAACCAUUUUUAUGUAUUACACACAAGCGCUGAAUACGAAAAUACCAACUCCACCUGUACAUUACUGGACAACAUUGUGAACCUGACAAAACAGGAAGAACAAGAGAAUUGGGAAAACACAACCUGCCCUACAGAGGCACAUUAUAGAACAGAAUUACUAAACAGAAUAUUAUUUUUAUAAAACUAUCUAUUUUCUAUAUUUAGAAAUGACCUUUGCAUCCAGACAAGUUCACUAAUGUUUCGUAAAAUUACCUAUGAAUAAUAAUAGUUUGGAACAGUCUGUUAUAAGCUUUUGGACUUAUAUUUUCUGUCUCGCAAAAGUUUUUGCCUUUUUGUAGGACAAAAUAUAAUGUAAAAAGACUU